CGCUGCAGUUUCCCCGCCAUCGUUUGAAAUCGGUGGGAGCAUUCAAAAUGGUGAAGCUGAAGGUCCCUCCAGGGCUGGAAAUCUACCUGAAGGAACACCGCGUCGCCACCUUCGUCGACUGGCCCUUUGUUUCGGACUGCGCCUGCACUCCGAUGCGGAUGGCAGAAGCUGGCUUCAUUCAUACUCCAAGCGAGAAUGCACCCGAUGUGGUCCAAUGUUUUGUCUGCUUUAAGGAGUUGGAGGGGUGGGAGCCCGAAGAUGACCCCAUGGAAGAACACCGGUCACACUCACCCAACUGUGCAUUUCUUGCACUACAAAAAGACAUAGCUGACCUCACAAUUCAAGAGACGCUGAAACUUAGCAAAGAAAGAAUGGUGAAUCUAUUGGAAAGGGAGUUUAACCUGAAAAUUACCCAACGUGAAAAAUAUGCUGCCAACGUCCGUAAUAAAAUCCACUCUUAUGGUUACUGAACUGACUCCUUAAUGGGCUUCAGCAGAGGUUGAAAUUCAAUUGCUCUGCGUUUUAGUGUACAAGUUUCUUCUGGAUUUUUUCUUCAUUUUUUUGAAUAAAUAAAUGUUACUGGUUUCUAAUGUGCUGGCCUCCUGACACUUUCCUGGGAAGUAGUGCUUAUAGCUUGUGAUGGCUGAAAAUCUCCAACUUUCUCCUUUCCAUAAGGCUGUUUUUAAUGUCACAGCUCUUAAGGGCUGAAAGGAACUUACCUCUAGUACUCUGGUAGUGUAGAAGGGGAUGAAGAAAGAAUGCUGGAGAAAAAAGUUCUUUAUCUUGAUCACCUUUGUGUUUGGCAUACUUGUGUGGGUCUGAAAAUUGAGAAGGUUCCUGCAUAGAGAUGAGUGCCGAGGCAGAAGCUACACAUUAUAUAUAGGACUGCAAGUGACGGCUGGUGUUGCUUUUGUUAUCUCAGUAGCAUGUGACUUGAAUGAGGCAGCACAGCAGAACCGAAGAAUAUCAAGUUUCAUUGACACCCAUGGAACAGAACCAUUAUAUUGAAUGAAAUGUGCUAUUUUCCUAUUUCAAAGGACUGUGAGAUAAUCAUACAGUUGCAAAGGCCAUCUAGUCUAAUCUACUCUGCAGGUGAACACUACAGCACUCUUGAAAGAUGCCCAUCUAACCUGUUUAAAGACUUCAAAAAAGGAAACUUAUCCUCUGUAGCAGUCUAUUUCACUGUCAAACCGUUCAUAAAAUGAAGACAUUCUUCA